AUGGACCAAGCGGCUGACCCUCGUCAGGUCAGACGCAAAGCUAAAUUCAUUCACCAAGAUCCGACCUCCUCACAAUAUAACGGGAGGAUUAGUAGCGACGAUAAGAGAACGCUUGCAACUCUGCUCCCCACCCUCCAUGAAAGAGGUGUCAAUAGAGAAACGAUGCUUGCGGAGUGCAAUGCUGUCCUUGGGACGCCAAUCACUUUCGCCCAGUUGGACCGGCAAAGGGCGAAAUUCAAUCUGCAUACGUACCGAAAACAGCGCCUUGGGCCUCUGCCGCAGACACAGUUCCCCAAUAUCAUAGCGCCUUCAGUGCCUCCAUCGUCUAAUGAGGAACGUCUGGAGAGGAAUGAACCAGGAUCAGACUCAGAAACCUUGAGUGCAUACCCGGCAAACCAACUUCAACACCGAGCUGCGCAAGACGCGCAACAACUCGACGGCGAAGUGUCUUUCUCAGGUAUGGACUUGUUGAAUGACAGCUGUGACGACUACGAUGAUGUGGCUCCGCAGCGUGAAUUCAUAACAGAUCUCGUAUCAAUCGACAUGGGAAACUCAGCGAUGCUGGGAAUCCGUGGGGUCUCGCCGAAGCCAUCACCAAGUGAUGCUGGCCCAUUGUAUUACACCAAUACCGCGAACUCGUCCCACUCUGACAUGUAUGGUCGCCCAGCUCCCCCUAGACUUGGGCUAUGGUUUGUGGCGAGAGCCCCUCAUACCUGGCUACACCAAGAACUCGUUUAUUAUGUUCAGUCACAACUACUCGUUCGCAUCUACCUGAGGCUGCUGGGCCAGGGUGCUACGGCAACGGCUAUUGCACAGCUGUUCCAGAUCGGAACACUGCUACGUAUAGUCAGAGCCUUCGACCAGGCUUUUGACCUCUUCUUGAUUCUAUUCCGACACUUUUACAUCUGCAAGUCGAUUAAUGCACGUUCAACACACAUGACCUUUGCGGCAUUGGGCUGCGCACACACUGCCCGGAGCAUUCUUAAAGUCCGAGUCGCGUCUUGCAUGGUUCAGCACGUUCGUAGGAGUGCCCCUUAUCCAACAUUCCCUCCUGCAUACGGCAUAUGUUGCACAGUCGCCUCGCUGGAAUGGGCUAUCAUCUCGGAACCAGACUUACCAAUGUUCCGCCCGCCGAGCCACCAAGGAUUGCAGCAGGGGACAUUUUAG